AUGUGCAACCCAAAAUCAGCCUCCCCGAAAGGCGGGGAUGAAGAGACUAAAGAGCAACCGACCAAGAAUAGACGUCUUCCUCCUGUGAAACUGAAGGUGUCAGAUCUGUUCGAUCUGAGCAAGCCUUGGAUUCUGGUAGAGGAUGGUUCCUAUGGCGGGUUCUUCAACAAUGUACCCACUGUCUUUCGUGUGGGUCCUUGGAACAUUGCUUGUUGUCUCUAUUUAUUUGCCAUCAUCUCUUGGAUCCUAUUUGAGAUUGUGCAAUGUUAUGCCAAUCCACCCAAGGUUCCCCCCACAGACUACCACAGCUCGUAUGGCGCCAAUACAUGGCAAUGGUGGUACAAUGUGGCUGGAUUUGCAUGGACAUGCUACAUUGCCUCUGUAGUUGUCAAGUCACCCAUGGGGUGGACCGCUUGGUUUUCGUACACACUCCAGAGCUGGACACUCAUCAUCGUUCGACAUGGAUUGUCAGCACUGGCACCCUUGGUUCCGGCUCUGGCACCCCUCAACGAACUCCUAAGAUUUCCCAUGCUCCUACAGGCGACUGUAACCUUUGUCGUGUGGAAUUUUAUACUCUUUCCAUCAAUUGCCAUGACAAUGAAGAACCCCAAAAACAAACGAGACUUUCUCAAGUUUUGCUUUGGAUUCCUGUGUUCCCAAGUUCACAUCGCAAACCUCCCAUUGGCUGCUAUGAAUGGUGUAUGGGGGAGUCCAGCACGAGAGCUCAACCAAAUGGACUUUUGCAUGGCAUUGGGAUUUACAUUGCAGUACGUUGUCCUCUAUCUCUUUGUACUGGAUCGCUUUGGGGUCCAUUUCUACUUUGUCUUUAGUCCGCGAACUCCAUUGGCAAUCAUUGGAUGGUCAGCCAUUCUCGGAUGCAUUUUUGCUGGUUUUUCGGUGUGGAAGCCUGCCUUGGUGAACUAUGGAUUGGUGGUAUGA